UUUAUAAAGGGGCACGUUCACAUCCACAAGACAGAGAAGGCAGUUUUUUAGUUUCUCAAGCUUUGAAUCCAUCAAAUUCAAAGCACUCGUGGGAUUUGAACCAAAGAAAACUCAAAACGUUGAAUCACACACACCCACCAUUCUGUCUUCCAAUUCUAAAGCAACCAUCAUCCGUUGAUUUCUCAAGAAUUCAAAGACUUCAUAUUUUCCAUCUUCCCAUUUUCCUCUUCCAUAUUCUUGACACGUAUACGAAGGACUAGUGGGAUUAGUUUUUGGUUUUUUGAGCUAUAUAUAAGUGAGGAGAGCUAAGCAGUCAAGACUCAUAAUCUCAUUACUUGUGAGGAUUUGCUCUCUGAAUUCAAACACAACCCUUUUUAGGACAUUCUGAACAAUCCCAUUUCAGGUAAAAUUUGCCUCUUUAGACUCGAAGCCUUCUUCAGCAAUUCUAUGGGGCUAUCCCUCUCAUUACUUUCGUCAGCCUGGGAGGAGAUUGUAAAGCAUAGUUUCUUUGAUUUGACAUACAACAUCAGGCUCAGCCCCAGAGAUGGAGGUGCUCAUGUGAUAUUGAGAACACAUAGCUUUAAGAAAACAGAUAGCUUCAAGAAAACAGAACCAGAAACCACCAUUGUUUCGAAUAGUUCUAACGAAUUGGGGACCAACAAUUCAACUCGUUUGAGGGAUUACAAGCCUGAAAAUGUAACACUUGACAGAAAUCUUUCGUUCAAGGGUCUUGUUCAAGACAGGCAGGAAAUGGCCACAGAUGUUUGUAAAGGCAAAAAUGAUUUGAAGCAUAAACCAAUGCCUGCACUUGCUGUGCCUGAAAACCCGGUUUUCUUUUCACCAAGGCCCGUUAGUGAGCUUGAUGCUGCAGCAGUUAAGCUUCAAAAGGUUUACAAGAGUUAUCGAACUCGAAGAAACCUGGCAGAUUGUGCUGUGGUGGUUGAGGAGCUAUGGUGGAAGGCAUUAGAUUUUGCAGCUCUCAAGCGGAGUUCUGUGUCAUUCUUCAAUGUUGAGAAACCGGAAACUGCUGUUUCCCGGUGGGCAAGGGCUAGGACAAGAGCAGCCAAGGUUGGAAAGGGUUUGUCCAAGGAUGAGAAGGCACAAAAGUUGGCUCUUCAACACUGGCUUGAAGCUAUUGAUCCACGACAUCGGUAUGGACACAAUUUACAUUUUUACUAUGAUAUCUGGUUUGAAAGUGAGAGCAGUCAGCCUUUCUUCUACUGGCUGGAUUGCGGAGACGGUAAAGAAAUAAAUGUGGAGAAAUGUCCCAGGCCAGUUCUACACCGACAAUGCAUCAAGUAUCUCGGACCAAUAGAGAGAGAAGCAUAUGAAGUAGUGGUGGAAAAUGGGAAGCUUUUAUACAGGCAAAGUGGGGUGCUUGUGAACACCAUUGGAGGUUCCAAAUGGAUAUUUGUGCUGAGCACAACAAGGUCCUUGUAUGUGGGGCAGAAGAAGAAGGGCCAGUUUCAACACUCCAGUUUUCUAGCAGGAGGAGCCACCACAGCAGCUGGAAGAUUGGUUGCCCAUGAUGGGAUUCUUGAGGCUAUUUGGCCAUACAGUGGUCAUUAUCACCCAACAGAAGAAAACUUCAUGGAAUUCAUCAGCUUCCUAGAAGAAAAUCAUGUAGAUCUCUCCAAUGUUAAGAGGUGUGCAAUUGAUGAUGACUAUCCUUCAAUGAAGAUCACUGAUGGGGAACCAACAAAGCUUGAAUCAUUCAAAUCAACAGAAUCAGACGGUGGAAAGACAACUAGUUCAGAUGAUAUCACAAAGAAAACCACAAUCACAACCGUUCAAGAGGAAACUAAGAACGUUUUGGGUGCCAAUGCCAAACCACCAGUGUUUGACUUGGGCAAACGCUUAUCAUGCAAAUGGACUUCAGGAACUGGACCCAGAAUUGGGUGUGUCCGGGACUACCCAGCAGAGCUACAAUCCAGAGCGUUGGAACAAGUCAACCUAUCGCCCCGGGUCACUCCCGGAAUGUUGGGACAUUAUGGCCCAAUUCCUUCUCCAAGGCCCAGCCCAAAGGUCCGGCUCUCGCCAAGACUUGCAUAUAUGGGCCUCCCCAGCCCAAGAACCCAAAUUCCAGCAGCCAGCUAAGGUGGUUGACGGACGUGUUUGGCUCCCGGGCUUGGGUUAGAUAGUCGCAGUAUAAUAAUGGGCCAAAAAAGCUUUACCUAGGGAGCACUUCUUGUGCCCAAAAUGACGGGUAACUUUGCUAGCCCAAUAAGGAGGGGUUUAAGGGGUCUAACCCAAAUUUUUUUUCUCCUUCCUUUGAUUCUUUCAUAAGUUUUAUAUUAUUCUAGGUUAUGAUUUAA